GAUAUAUAUGACUGCGAUUACGAUGCGCGGCGACGUUAGAGGCUCGCGUGUUUGUUAGUGUGCAGCUAUUCUAACUUUAGAAACGGCCUCUCCAAGUGUAUCGCCACCACCACAUUAAUCUCGUACUCGAAACCUGACCUGAAAUUAAUACGAUAUUGCGAACUUAAACGUGGACCUACUUGCUUCCAAAUAGCAAUGCUGCUUUAACACAUUUAAUGUGACAGCUGUGCUACAUUUAGUUAUAAUGCAAUAUUGAUGAGAAUCUAACAUGCAUUCUGUACGAUUGCUGUCAGGAUAUGAUAUGCCCACAGUGGGACUGGGAACGUGGCAGGCUAAACCAGAUGAGAUUGAAACUGUCGUGAGCACUGCCUUAGAGUAUGGUUACAGGCAUAUUGAUACAGCAGCAAAUUAUAAUAACGAGGAUGCGAUCGGCAGAGCUUUGAAAAAAUGGUUUGAGAAAGGUGGUACUAGAGAAGAACUUUUUAUCACGACGAAGUUACCCCAUUUUGGCAAUCGACCAUCCGACGUAGAAAAGUUCAUUAAAUUGUCGUUGGAGAAGCUUGGAUUGGAUUACUUAGAUAUGUACCUUGUCCACAUGCCCUUCGCAUUUAAAUUAGAUGAAAAUAUGUGCACGGCAGCGACGAAUGAAGAUGGAAAUUACAUACUCGACUUUAAUACAGAUCCUGUCUUGGUGUGGAAAGAGAUGGAGAAACAAGUUAAAUCGGGACGUACCAGAUCUAUAGGUUUAAGCAACUUCAACGAAGAACAGAUUUCGACAAUUUGGAAAAAUGCACAAAUUAAGCCAAGUAAUCUGCAGGUAGAGUUGCAUGCUUAUAUGCAGCAGAUAUCAAUUCGAGAAUUGUGCAAGAAGCACAAUAUUGUUGUAACGGGUUAUAGUCCAUUGGGCUCUCCAGCUGCAAAGACGCACUUUCAAACGAAAUAUAACUACACUUCAGACGCAUUUCCCGACUUGUUAAAUCAUCCGAUUAUUCAAAAUAUUGCUGGGGAGCAUAAAAAGACAGCAGCCCAAGUUUUAUUGCGUCAUUUACUACAACUAGGUGUUGUAAUUAUCCCGAAGAGUUCGUCUUCCGAAAGAAUCAAGUCGAAUAUCGAUUUAUUCGAUUUUGCCUUAACAGAGGAGAAUAUGAAAGUCUUAAAUACCUUAGAUAAAGGUGCUAAUGGAAGAAUUUUUAAUUUCUUAUUUUUUAAAGGAAUUCAAAAUCACCCACAUUAUCCAUUUAAAAAUGAACUUCCAUAAUCGUAAAUUAACGCGCAAGUCAUUAGUUUGUAUCAAAAUAGUUGAGAAAGAAUUACAAUUAGCAUACCAAACGAGCACGAUACGUUAUACGUAUUAUGUAAUUAUACAUCGGCGAAAUUUCUGUUGUUCUUCAAUGCAGCCUAUACAACAUUUUCCGUUGCAAACGAUGCUGAAGUUCACCGCGGCGUAUCAUUAUACUUGAUGUCCAAUAGGAAAUCUAUUCUUCAAUUGCUUUUCAAUGCGAGAUAACAUCUCAUGAUCCUCUUCUGAGUGUACCUGCUAACGAUCCAGACAUUGCAGCUUCUAAUGUAGACACUUGAAAGAGCCUUAAAGCUUCGUUAACGUGGAGUUCAGUAGCGAAGGGUUGUAAUUGCAUUUUGGCCAAAGCUUCGGAGAUUCGUAUAACCGCUUCAAGCUGCCGGACUGUUAUAGGGCCGCAACGCCUAUGAUAUGGAAAAAAAAAACAUGUUGGAUUUUACGAGAUGUAUACGUUAUGUGCAAUAAGAUACGUUACUGGAUCUCUCGAUACAGACGCUGUCAAACCAGCUGCGGAACUACCUUUUCCUGAUGUAUAAACAGCUAUGGGAGCGACUCUCUCUACAAAUUU